CGCAGGCUAUGUAGCGAGGUCAUACGCUUUACACAUGGACAGUUGGGUGCACGCAAUUCUUAGCUCGUUCUAAGGUUGUACAAAACAUACGUGAGACCGUAGUCGUCUAUGGACAGUUUUAUGCAGAGGCUGGACAAACAUGCAACGACACAAGGACUGAGUCCAAACAGCCUCUUACCUUAAAGUCUUAUGCACUACUAGUGGGCAGACAUCUUAACUCACCGUCUUACUUCUUCACACCCUCUCUUUUCUUACUCCUGACUACUCCAAAUAUUACGUUCCUUAAGCUAUUAUUAUUGACUAUUGCAAUCAAUAUUAUAUAUAUAUAUUUAUUAACACAAAGAAAUCAAAUAGGAUUACACUAGCUCGUAAAAUUGAUGAUGGAUAUUGGAUGAGUGUUAUAAUCAUCAACUAUAUAUAGAUUGCAUAUAUUUUCUAACCACCGGUAAUUUGUAGGUGAACGGUACGAUUAUUAUCAUGACAGCUAGCAAUGCAGAUAUUAGAGAGUUACAGUCUAAUGCACGGAAAGUACUCACCAGCACUAGCAAUCCUCUGGAAAAACUUAAAUGUCAAUGUCUUUUAAGAGGAGCCAAUGGCAUAUAUGGAUUCGGGAGACAGUUCCGUAUAAUGGAUGAUGACGGUAGCAAGUCGCUGUCUAAAGAAGAGUUCAAAAAAGGCUGUCAUGAUUUUGGAUGUAACUUGUCUCCUGAAGAGGUUGAUGAGCUAUUCAAUUCGUUAGACAAGGAUGGAAGUGGGACGAUAAUUUUCGACGAAUUCCUACGAGCAUUACGACCUCCUAUGUCAGAUGCACGUAUUAAUGUCAUUAAGAAGGCGUUUGCAAAGAUGGAUAAAACUGGGGACGGUAAAAUUACGACGGAUGAUUUACGCAGCGUUUAUCAAGUUAAACACGACGCCAAGUAUCAGUCUGGCAAGGCGACUGAAGAACAAGUUUUAAAAGAGUUUCUGAAGACUUUCGAAAGUGAUAAGUCCGUGGAUGGUUCUGUCACAUGGGAAGAAUUUCUGAAUUACUACAGUGGCGUAAGUGCGUCAAUAGAUUCGGAUUCUUAUUUCGAACUGAUGAUGUGGAAAGCAUAUGGCUUAUAAUAUAUUCAUUCUUAACGUGAAUGUCUAUCGGAAUAUUAUGACCAACCAUUGAACUAAACAUUCCAUGUUGUCACUCUUACUUAAUCAUUCAAACGUACAGGAAUUUCGCAAAUUACUUUAUUCAACAGGGAACAUCGCACUAAAAUUAGCAUUUUGAUUUUGUUAUUUCUUCACAUUACUGUUGCACUCCCAUGUUUCUCAUAAAAAAGAUGAAAAUAUCUAAUUUAUCGUUUUGCAACUGCUUUUUUGUUUCCUCCGAU